GGCUCGUGAGCGCGCAUUGAACAUGAUUGACCCGCUAAUAGGACAGAAGAGCAGAGACGCACAACUUCAGCUUUAAAUCUACCCAGGGUUCCUCUUUUCUCCUUACUUUCCAUUUCAACUCAAACGAGCUUGAUGUGAGCGAGGGGGGCAAAAACUCCAAAAAAUCACCUCCUUUCCCUUCUCUCACCCUCACAGAGCACCUCUCACCUUUAUUUUCGGAUUCUGGCUUUAACUCACGGCUUCACCUGGGCACAAACGACACCGAGGUUUUCUUCUGCAACUUUAACGCACACCAGGGGAAAAUCACCGACAGGGAAAACUGAGUUUUUGUUUUGUUCGUUUUUCUGGCACAAAGACAAAAAGAAGCGAUAAGUUACACAAUGAGUCUGAAGUCAGAUUCAGAGACGAACACCAGUGUUUCAUUAGAGGAGGAGGUAAGAACACUCUUUGUCAGUGGCUUGCCUGUCGACAUUAAGCCACGUGAGCUUUACCUGCUGUUCAGACCCUUCAAGGGAUAUGAAGGAUCUCUGAUAAAGUUGACCUCAAAACAGCCUGUGGGGUUUGUUACCUUUGACUGCCGAUCUGGGGCGGAAGCGGCCAAGAACGCGUUGAAUGGAAUCCGCUUCGAUCCAGAGAGUCCUCAGACGCUGCGACUGGAGUUUGCUAAAGCCAACACCAAGAUGGCGAAGAGCAAACUGAUGGCCACACCGAACCCUUCCAAUCUGCACCCAGCUCUAGGCGCACACUUCAUUGCGCGAGACCCAUAUGACCUGACGGGGGCAGCACUGAUUCCGGCAUCCCCUGAGGCAUGGGCUCCAUAUCCUCUGUACACCACUGAACUGACUCCAGGGCUGCCUCAUGCCGCCUUCUCCUACCCCGCUGCUGCUGCAGCAGCUGCCGCCGCCCUGCAUGCCCAGAUGCGCUGGUACCCGACACCUUCUGAAAGUUCGCAACCAGGGUGGAAGUCACGCCAGUUUUAAGUUUUCAAAUGCCAUGAAUUCAGUUCCGCACAUUUUGGUUUUCUGCUCCCGUUUGAAGGGGAACUUGGCUCAAUAUUUAAUUUUAAUCAGGUUUAUUUAAUGGAUGCAUGAAGGAUUAUUUUAGAAGAGGAUAUCAUCUUUAAAGCUCUCUGAGAACGUGGGGAGAUGCCAAGGACUCUUGACAAACCUCAUGGUACGUCUCAUUUCAAAACUUGUGCUUGGCAAGUCAGUCAUGUGCAGACAUCCGCAUUUCAAGCUGCUCCAUUUCCGUUUGUUUUUUUGGGGGGUUGUCAUUCUGCAUGCAUUAACGCAUGCAAAAUGUCAUGUCUGCUCAGUUGCGUUCGUGUUGCCAUGACUAUGUCCCAGUUAACCCUAAAUGUUUUCAGAAUCUCAUUUUUGCAUUUUUAAUGACAAUCCAGUCUUUUCUUUUUUUUUUUUCUUCAAUUUAAAAAAAACUGAUAUGCACUGGUUAUUUGUUUCUGGGUGUGAACUCUUCAGCAGAUGAAUUUGUUUUCAGAUCUUCAAUCUAUCUUCCAUCCUGUUCUCACCGACCCGCUCUGUGUCUGCUUGGAGAAUAUUGAACAAAAAAGAAAUGUACAAGUAUUUUUGUACAUUUGGUGUAAUGAAUAUUUAUGCAUUUUUGUGCAAUUAAAUAAGUAUAUAUGUAUGAGCAGUUUAUAGUGUUUCCUUGUGUUUGUUUUAUUUGUUGAUGGACAUCGAGUCUCAUAAUCUGUUUGAAGUAAAUAAGUGCAAUUCUUGAUUUAAUUGUUUUGAUGCUCUGUGUUACAUACUGAAGUUUCCAGACUGUGGCAGUACUGCAAGAUUAAAUGGACUGCUAACAUGAGAUUGCUGUAUUACAAUAUUAUAAGCGAAAAAUGCUGUUUUUCAGAAUGUGAAACUGGAGAAUAAAAAGAAAUCUG